CAAUUGCAAAUAAGUGAACGUACCCAUAUCGUGGUUUAAAAUUUGAUUUUGAACUUCUUGAAUAAUAGUUUCCGUUGAAUAUACGUGAUUAAAGUACAGCAUUGGGGUUAGAUUGUGAGUUACUGCUAUAACAGAAAAUGGUGGAUCCUGCCGAAGAGUUUGAGUUAUCGAAGGAAAAUAUACAGCCACUGAAGAAAGGUCGGGUGAUUUGUCAGUUGGGCACAGCACUUUUAGCCCAGGAUGAUCAGCAAGCACAUCACGAACUCUUCAAACAAAGAGAGAAGUAUGAAGUAUUACUUCGAUCUUAUGAAGGUAACGACCCUUUAGAACCAUGGUAUGAAUAUAUAUCGUGGGUGGAACAAAGUUUCUUGAGAGAUGGGCGAGAAGGAAAUUUGAAUAUUUUAUUGGAGAGGUGCCUAGCACAGUUCAAAGACGAUGAGCGAUAUUUGCAAGACCGGCGGUACAUUGAACUGUGGAUUAAAUAUAUUGAAAUGUCAAUAAAUCCUCUUCAGGUGUAUAAGAGAUGUCAUGCCCAUGGCAUUGGCAAAUAUUGUGCACUUUUUUAUAUGGCAUGGGCAUUUGAAUUUGAGAAGGCUGGUGAUAUUAAGCGAGCAAACCAGGUGUUUUCAGAAGGAUUCAAGAACUAUUCACAGCCGAGAGAUGAACUAGAGGAGGUUCAUAAAAACUUCCAGCUUCGAGUGGCAAGGCAGGUUUUGAGUGGCAUAUCGGAAGUUGAGGCUGUAUGCACAGAACAAAGAGUGGUACUGAAUAGGCUGAAGGCCGUUGGCCGCAAAAGGAACUGUGUAAGAAACGUGCGAGUAGGAGAGAAUGUUCAACAGGGAUUUGCUGGAGUUCUUCAGCCCAUAACUCAACGUGGCCACCGCUCAGGAAAUACCCAUUCUGACUGUAUUGAAGUUUUCAAUGAUGUGGAAGACAACAUAGGUAUUGAGUUUGCUGUGUUGGAGGAGCAUCUCUCAAGCAUACCACGAAGGGAAAUAAUAAAUAAGGAAAAUUCGUUAGAGCCAGGACCAUGGACCAAGAAGUAUCGUAAAAUGCGUACAGCUGCAGCUUCUGUUUCACGGCCAUCUUUUGAAUUGCACCAAGAUGAAGAAAUACCAGUAAAGAACCCUCCUCUUUUAAUAUGCAAUGCUUUAAAACCAAGAAAACUGGAUGGUGAUGAAAUCAGGUGUGCUAUAGCUGUAUUUGAGCCUGAAGAUCCUUCUAAACGUUUCAUGUACUGCAAAAAUAAGGUAUAUGCUGGUGGAUUAGAGUUCAGCUUUGAAGAGUUGGCUGCCAUCGAAUAUUUUAAAGGUAACAGACCUCUGCGCUGUAAGAAAGGUGGUAGUUUGCAUGAUGAAGUAUGUGACCAGGAGGAUGAGCUCAGUUGUCCAAUAGCAUUAUUUGAAUCUCCUAAUCCUGCCAGGAGACCAAUGUACUGCAAAGGCAAGGUGUAUACUGGUGGAACAGAGUUCAGCUUUGAAGAAUUGCGUGCAUUUGAAUAUUUGAAGCGUAACAGACCUAAAAGUUGUAAACAAGCUUGUACAGAAGAGUGUGAAACUGACAGUGAACCAACUGUUGCAAAACUGUAUGGGGAACAGUUCAGUCUGUUUGUUGGUGCUGGUGGUGCAGAAGAUGCUGGAUUUGGAACAAAAUCCCAUGUAUUGGAUGCUGAAAAUGCAGCUCCUGAAUGCCCUAAGCUAUUAGGGAAUCAAAGUAACUGGAUCAGAAAUGGUGAUGAAAAUGGUGGCAUAACAGCUGCAUCAUCAGACGUGUUGUCAAAGCUGUCUCACAUGAAACCCUUACCUACGACAGAUUCAUCAUAUGACAGUGCCAAGAUGCCAAAUGAGGCAAGUGACCAGUCUUUAAGUCAUCAGUCCCUCACUUAUCACACUAAGGAAGCAAUGAACAUGAUCCAUGAAUUUUGGACCACGCCAGAGAAUACGAACCUGCAGUAUAAUAUGAGUCAUGCAGAUGGUUUUGAUUCCAAGAAGAAAAAGCUUCUGUCUGAGUAUGAUGUAGAUACGCAAUGUUUACAUCCAGAACAACCUAAAAUAAACAUAAAUCCAUUUGAGAUCUUCAAGGAUGAGAGUGAAGCUCAAGAAGAAGGAAAGAAUUAUAGUUUUUGUGCAUCACAGCCAGAGAGAAAAGCUGGCAAUUUUGGUAUCUUUAGAGAUGAAACAGAAGUUAUGGGACAGAUGCAAAAUUGUUCAGGUAACCUGCCAGUUCCUGCACAACAGAAAUCACAGUUUGGCUGGACUUUUGGAGACAAUGUUCAAAUUUUGCAUAAUGAGAGGAGAGAGAACCUGAUAUCGGAACCAACAGAAGCUAUAAAUGAAAAUUGCCCAUUUAAUUAUUUUAAAGAUGAAAAUAUAUCUCCAGAUACAGUAGAAGGCAUCCCAUUUGUACCAUCUCCAGGCAUGACUGAAGAAGAGGAGAAUGCCCUAAAGGGUACAGAAAUGAAGGAAAAUAUUGCACCUGAAGAUUUUUUUGCCCCGAAAGCUGAGAAGAGGAAAAUGGCAGGCUUUCUGCAGCCAUCCACAGAUUUACCUUGUGAUCCUCUGGAUGAUCCAGCAUUGCAAGGGGAGCUUCAAGAGUCUGAGACAUGCAACAGCAAUGUUACUUGCUUUACUCAGGCUUUCUCCUGUCCUUUGUUUUCCUCGACACCAUCUGUGGGGAAAUUUAAACAGCUACAUGGCAUGAACACAACUGAGUCUUCAGCAAAAUCAGAGUAUUGGCAGAAGGAUGAAGGAGAUGGUACAUGUUCAUCAUAUGACUCUUCAACAAAUCUUAUUCGUUUUGGUGAUGGUUCGGAAGCUCUUGCAGGGGUUGGUGUUGCUGAUAAAGUUGGAAUUUCUGCAGUUGAAGAUGGGGCUGGUGCUUUCUUAAAGUCUGAUGAGGUUGGUACUCAUAGAAGUGCUGGAUCUGCUACUCAAACAGCAGAAACCUUAGGCAUAAUCAUGGAGACAACAGGAUCCUGCAAAUCCAGUAGCUCUUCCAGUAGUGGUGUGGCAACCACAUGUCAUACAACUAUACUUUCUCAGGAGAACUGUACAACAGGCAGCACAAGAAAGAGUGAAAACAUUGAUAAGAUUAGAAGAAAUUCUGAGCAGCAAAUAGACAUAGCAUAUAAAUCGCAAGAGAAUCCCAGUGUUCAGGAGGUGCUUGAACCGAGUCAGCAUUGUUCCAGCGAUAAUUUUAUUAUCAGGACCUUUGAGUCACUUUAUUACAAAACGGAAAAUAUACAUCACAGAAGCAGUAACAGCAACUACAUGAUGGGUCAGAGUCAUCUACCAGAAGAGCCAGACCCUUCUCAGAAGGUUUAUGGGGUGGAAUCUAUAAAAUCAUUGUUACAGGAAGAAGUAGACUUGCAUGAAAAACAGAAUAGAGUUCAGGGAUGCCAGCAGAUUACAGGAAAUAAUUCAGGAUUUUCUAAUAACUCUACAGUACUGGGAUCAGAACUUCAGGAUGAUGAAAUUUUGUUAAGAAGUGAACAAGAAAACUUGUCCCAUGCUAAAGUAGACCACAAGAGAGAGAAUGAAACUGAUGGUGGGGCCAACAAAGACAAAUCUUCAAGAACACAAGAAAAUUCUUUGACAAGAGAAGUGUCCAUGCUUAAUCUUGAAGGACACAAAGAUAUUGAUCCAUUUGAUCAUACUUUAAUUCAGCAGUUGCUUACUCAUUUAGGGUUUCCAAAGGCUGAGGAUAGUGAGCACUACGUAAAACUCAAUGUGCCAGUGCCACGAUUCAAAAUUGGGGGAACUGUUACUCUAGGGAAAGAUAAGUUCGCCAUCGAGAAAAUUCUAGGUGAAGGCAGCUAUGCAAAAGUGUUCAAGGCUACAGAUAUAAAGACACAAAAAACUGUGGCAUUGAAAGUUCAGAAACCAAGUUGGGAGUGGGAGUUCUACGUCUGUCGUCAGUUGCAAUCCCGCCUGUCUGAUCCACUCUCAGCAUUGGCAUUUAUGGAUGUCCAAAUGGCAUACACAUUGAACAGUGGCAGUAUAAUGGUGACAGAAUAUUCUCAUUAUGGAUCCCUACUUUCUGUAAUCAUCAAAUUGAGGCAACAGUGGUCUGUACCUGAAAACCUGAUGCUGUACUGGAUGUCAGAACUGCUGCUCAUUGCUGAGAAGCUGCAGGAGUGCCACAUUAUCCAUGGGGAUAUUAAGCCAGAUAACUUUGUACUGAGGAACCUGCCAUCCUGUGAGUCCAGACAGCCAAGCUUGCAGCUGAUUGACAUGGGACGAGGGAUUGACAUGACACUGUUUCCUGAAGGUACCACAUUUAACACAGUGGUCACUACAAAGGACUUCCAGUGCAUUGAAAUGCAGACCAAGCGACCAUGGACAUACCAGACAGAUCUGUAUGGAAUUGCAGGCACAAUGCACUGUGUCUAUUUUAGCCAGUAUAUGAAAGUUCACAAGGAUAAGGAUGGUCGAUGGUUCAUCCAGCAGUCUAUUUCAAGGUACUCCAAACGGCACCUGUGGGAGCAGUUCUUCUUCACUCUUCUGAAUGUUGAAUCUUGUGAAAAAUUACCAAACUUGUCCCAGCUUCGAAGUUUGGUUGAUGCUGAAGUUUUAAGUAGUAACUGCGUUUCUGAUUUUGCACCAGUGAGAAUAAUUCUAGGUGAUAAACUGAAGAAAUAGGUAAACCAAUCAUUACAUUAUGAAUCUGUGAAAACUUAAAAUGUUCAAAAUGUGGAUAUUUUAGAUUUUGUGAAGUGGUUGUCUUUAUUUGGUGCAACUAAUAUAUUCCCCAAUUAUCAUUAUAUUCCUGUGGACUAUCAAUGCUCUGUACACCUCAGUCUGAGGACCUCCAAAUUAGUGCAUCGUCUUUAUUCAUAAAAUACUGAUGGUUUCAUUAUACAUAUUGCCUACACUUUAAAUAUGUUAUGCAGUGGAAUAUUUUUAAAAAAGAAAUGACAUGAUAUUUUGUGUUUCCCUUCCUUAUUUUGUCAAAUUUGUAUACAUCUGAUGCUCUCAGAAUGGAGUAAUGUCCCAUUUUCUGUAACUAAUACUACCAAAAUAAUAUUGCAUAAUUACAUUAUGUAGUACUUGACUUCAUGUGUGGUGUGUAUUUAAAUAUCAUUUUUAUAAGUAUUUCUGUGUGUUUUUUAUAUUUCAUAAUGCAUUGUUUUUCAUCAUUGUACCUACAUACUCAUGAAAUUGUGAAUCUGAAUAGCCUCUUGAUGUUUGACAUUUCUGAAUACUGAAAUCAAAAUAAAUGUUGUCAACUAUUA